AUGGCUGCAACCAAGAAAGAAUUCGAAGGUGUUCAUGAAGCUUUGAAACAGCUACCUGCCGAUGUUCAGGAUGAAACUCACAGAAUUCUUUUUGGACGGAAAUACCAAGAGCUUGAUGUCAGUGCUGAAGUCAAGGAUAUCGCUUUGAAGCAUGACUUUGAAAUCAAAGGUUAUAUCAUUUCAGCUCAGUCUGAACAACUCCGCUCACCCAGACUAACAAGGGUUGCAGCCAUUCAAAAUGCAAUUGUACUUCCAACUACAGCUCCAGUUGCUGAACAACGGGAUGCUAUUCUCCAGCGAGUUGGACUAAUGAUUGAAGCUGCCGCUCAGGCUGGAGCUAACAUUGUGUCACUUCAAGAAGCUUGGAAUAUGCCAUUUGCCUUCUGUACACGGGAACGACUUCCUUGGACUGAGUUCGCGGAGCCAGCUGAGGAUGGCCCUACCACCAAAUUCUUAUCAAAGUUGUCGAAGAAGUAUGGUAUCGUUAUAAUAUCUCCAAUCCUUGAAAGAGAUGAAUCCAAAGACGAUGUCAUUUGGAACACAGCCGUUUUCAUUUCACACACAGGCAAUUUCAUGGGGAAAACUCGUAAAAAUCAUAUCCCUAGAGUUGGGGAUUUCAAUGAAUCAACUUAUUACAUGGAAUCGACUCUUGGUCACCCUGUCUUUGAGACUCCAUUUGGUAAACUUGCUGUUAACAUUUGCUACGGACGUCAUCAUCCUCAAAAUUGGAUGAUGUAUGCUCUUAACGGAGCAGAAAUAAUCUUCAAUCCCUCUGCAACUGUAGGAGGGCUCAGUGAACCUCUCUGGUUCAUUGAAGCUCGAAAUGCCGCUAUCGCUAAUCACUGCUUCACUGUAGGAAUCAACAGAGUAGGUACAGAAGUGUUCCCCAAUGAAUUCACUUCUGGUAAUGGACAACCCGCGCACAAAGACUUUGGUCACUUUUAUGGUAGCAGCUACAUUGCUGCUCCAGAUGGAAGCAGAACUCCUAGCUUGUCACGUGUAAGAGAAGGAGUCUUGAUUGCCGAGAUGGAUUUGAAUCUUUGUCGCCAAACGAAAGAUAGCUGGGGAUUCAGGAUGACACAACGAUUGGAUAUGUAUGCAAAGAGCUUCACAGCAGCUGCAGAUCCAUCGUACAAACCAGACAUUCGAAGAGAAGUUUAA